AUCCCUCGCGAAAAAUACACGAUAACGUGAAUCUCUCGCUCGCGGCGCUAUGUUGACAUUGUGUCUUCGAUUGGAUGAAAAGAUCCGGCGAUGCAUUUUCAUCCUUGUGUUUCUGCUUAGCCUCGCCGACGGUUUGUUCAUCGAGUCCGAUGGACUUGUUGUCAACACAAAAUGGGGCUCUGUUCGCGGCAAGUGGAGCAAAACCGUGCACAAUCGAACAGUCGCGAAUUUUCUCGGGAUACCAUAUGCUUUGCCUCCUGUGGGCGAUUUAAGAUUCAGGAGCCCGCAACGGUGGAAUGUCACGUGGACAGAAAUUCGUGACGCAUCGAUUGAUGGGAAAAAAUGCCUUCAAAUUGAUAGUCAAAUCAGCGAAGUGGUUGGUAGCGAGGAUUGUCUUUAUUUAAACAUCUUUGUUCCCGCCUUUUCAGAGAGAAGCGUUUCGCAGAGAUCCGCAAAACUGCCAAUUUUAGUCUUUGUGCACGGUGGUGCAUAUAAAAAAGGAAAUAGCAAUAGCAAACUAUAUUCGCCGGAUUAUUUGCUGGAUCAGAAUAUAAUCUUCGUCACGUUGAAUUACCGACUUACCGCUUUCGGAUUUUUUAGCACAGCGAACCAAAUCUCGCCAGGUAAUUACGGCCUUAAAGAUAUAAAGAUGGCCCUUGAAUGGAUACAAGAGAACAUCCACAGCUUCGAAGGGAAUCCCAAGUCGGUGACUCUAAUGGGGCAUAGUGUCGGUUCAGCGGCGACUCAUUUACUUGCUCUGUCAAAGAAGACCGAAGGUCUCUUUCACAGAUAUAUCUUGCUAAGCGGUUCCGCUUUAAGUACAUGGACUUAUCACCCUCCAAGAAGAUACAGACAAUUGUGUUUGCAUUUGGCAAAACUUGUCGGUUGCCCGUUGGAAAGAAAUCGUAACGUAACCGCGUCGAACGAGACAACUACUGAAAAUCCAAAAAGAGGGGAUGUACAAACACCUGCCUACGACGAUAUUGCGAGGAAAGAAAAAGACGAAGAAAUAAUGAAAUGCAUGAGAAUAGCCGAUGCGACAAGAAUAAUAACGAUGACGCAAUAUUUCUAUGUUUGGAAGGAAAACCCCAUGUGUAAUUUUGGUCCCACAUUGGAGGAUGAAUCAGCGGACGCCAUCCUGACGAUGCAUCCAUUAAAAACCAUGAAAAACGGACUGUUUCGUGAUAUACCAGCGAUAAUGCAAGUCGUGAAAGACGAGGGUUUACUGAAGAUACUUGCUUUAAUCAUAAAACCCGAACUGGAAAACGAGUUGAUAGAGAAUUUCGAAGAAUAUCUGCCUUACUUCUUAGAGUAUCAUGAAGUGGUUUCAAACACUAGCGUUUUCGCUUCGGCGAUACAAGAUUUUUACUUCAACGGAAAUGUGUCGCUGGGUCUCAUGCAUAACAUUACGGAGGUGACGACUGAUGCCUUAAUAACAUGGCCGAUGAUACAAGCUCUACAAUAUAUGUCGAAAGUAGGAAAUUCUAAUAUUUAUUUUUCUUACUUUGCGUACGAGGGCACGUUUACACACACCUUUGCUUCGGGCAUCCCAAAUCAUUAUGGUGUCGCUCAUGGCGACGAUUUGAACUACUUAUUUCCCAUAUUGAAUAAUAGGUAUCGAAAAAUGUUACUGUACAAUACAAUGAGCGAUAUUACGAUGAUUAAUAUCAUGACGGAGAUGGUGGCGAGUUUCGUGGCAAAAGGGAUUCCGCAAGCGCGAUUCAUCAUCUCGUGGCCUAAUUAUCGCGAUCAUCAUGAGUUUAUGAGAUCCGGAAUUGACAGUGUACCGGAAUUUAAAGUGCAAACCAACUUCUUGUCUGAAAGAAUGCAGUUCUGGGAAAAGUUAAUGCAUAACGAGUUGGAGAGAGUGAUGAACGAUGCGUUUGUUAAUAAACCGAUCAAAUCUACGAGUAAUGUUAACGCAAUCUAUCGUAGAUUAAUAAUUCAGCUUACAUUAUUAGAAAUAUUCUUCUUCUAUAUGUAAAUAAUAUUAUAUCUACCUUCGAAGAACAUAAAUUGUAUUUUUCAAAUAUGGUAAGUCACAUAAAUUAUGAGCUAAUAUUCCAAUAUCGAACAAUUAUGCAGUUCAACAAAAAGUAAUAUCAGAAUAAGACUAAUCAUUUUCUAUACUUUUCUAGACGCUGAAUACAAAUUCGAUUUCCAAAUUGCUCCAUCGCGAUUUUUAGAAAUUUGCAAUAAAAUUUACAAAACAAAGGGAAAGAGAAAAAGAACAAACUAUUUUCAUGAAAUUUGUUAUAUUAUUAACUUUUUUGUCAUAUUAUAAACGCAAUUUGUCACAUUAUUAAUGAUAUGAUGCGUGCUGGAAAAGUUUUAUUGCAACUAAAAUAAUGCCGUUAGAACUUCCAAUCUUCAAAAAGGAACUUUUUUGUGUCAGCUAUGGUUAAUAAAAUAAAAUUAAAU